GAGGCUCGUCGACUCGUCAGUCGCAACUCGCAGUCGUUGGACGGCUUUGCGCGCUCACGCCUCGCACAAUCAAACGCAUAAAACGAAAACUACCACAAUCUAAACUGUUUUAAGUCAACUUAACGCAACAUCAGUUAAUUUUUUCUUUGAGUUCUCUUUCGUUUAUUUCGAAGACAACAUUAUGGCAGGGUUUGUUGCGAGACAACUAACGCGAUCACUGCGUCUUCAUCCCGGCAUUGCGCGGCAACUCUCAAACAGCGUGCAGCCACAAUGCAACCAACGCCUCCACAACGACAUGCAUCCGAACGUGCUCAAGUCGGACUAUCCGGACAUCGUCGUACCUGAAAUGCCCUUGCACGAAUUCAUGUUUGACCAAAUCGCGCAGUAUGGAAAGAAAAUUUGUAUUGAAUGCAGUGUAACGGGCCGUUCGUAUUCGUAUGAUGAUAUGGUAAAUAAAUCGCGAAAUUUCGGACGCGCCCUGCGUAAAAAACUGAAGAUUCAACGGAAUGAUGUUAUCUGCGUACUGCUGCCAAAUGUGCCAGAGUUCCCUAUCGCUGUGAUGGGCACAUUGGCGGGUGGAGGCGUUUUAACAACUAUGAAUCCAAUUUACACUCCAGAGGAAAUAACACGGCAACUGAAUGACAGUGGGGCAAAAAUUCUCAUCACUCUAUCUGAACUUUACCCGGUUGUUAAAUCGGCAAUCGGAACUUCAAUGCCCGUGAUUACUAUCAACAACAAGCCGGAAACGCGUACACCGGAAGGCACUAUCAGUUUCAACGAGCUUGCAGACAGUGUGAUCGAUCUACCGGAUUUGCAAGACUUCGAUAUGAGCAGCAUUGCGUUGAUGCCUUACUCUAGCGGGACGACUGGAAUGCCAAAAGGCGUGUGCCUCUCGCACAGAAAUUUGCUCACUAAUGUCAUGCAGGUCCAUGCUCCUGAUAUUAAUAUGUUAGAGCAGACACAAGGCGAUAAGCAAGACAUUGUGCCGGCCAUCUUGCCGUUCUUCCACAUCUACGGCUUCACUAGUCUUUCGUGUGCGUCGAUGCACGUGGGAGCGAAAAUCGUCACAAUGACACAAUUCAUACCGGAAUUAUAUGCGAAAGUUUUAUUGCAACACAAGCCGACUGUGCUAUUUGUGGUACCACCUAUUGUUAUAUUCUUAUAUGCACAUCCAAUGAUCACCAAGAAACACUUGGAAAGUGUUAGAGUGUCUAUAUCAGGGGCCGCACCUCUCGGCGCGUUGGAUAUUAUCAAAUUCCAACAGAAAGCUGAUACUAACAUUAAAGUUAUUCAAGGUUACGGAUUAUCAGAAUCUUCCCCAGCAGUUUUCAUCCAACCCCACCGUGAAAACACCCCUCAUGGUUCCACAGGUAAGAUAUUACCGUCAACAAUGGUGAAGAUUCUCCCAGUAGAUGACCCCAAUGGCGAACCUCUUGGUCCCAAUCAAACCGGCGAGUGCUACAUCAAAGGCGGUAAUGUAAUGGAGCGUUAUCACAAUCGCCCUAAGGAGACAGAAGAAACCUUGAUUGAUGGCUGGCUGCGCACGGGAGAUAUGUUUUAUUACGACGAGAACCGCAACUUUUUCGUUACGGAUCGCAUCAAGGAACUGAUCAAAGUCAAAGGCUUGCAGGUGCCUCCAGCAGAAUUAGAAGAGAUCCUCAGGGACCAUCCCGAUGUGGGUGAUGCUGCUGUCAUUGGAAUCCCGCAUGUUAUUUCCGGUGAAGUUCCACGAGCCUAUGUUGUGCCCAAAGCUAACAAACAAAUCAAUAUUGACGCACUCAAUGAGUACGUGAAUAAAAAAGUUGCAGAGUACAAGCGGCUUGAAGGAGGAAUUGAAGUGAUCCAAGCAGUUCCAAAGAAUCCUUCGGGGAAGAUACUGCGGAGGCAACUUAAGACGGCAUAUCUUGAAGCCAACAAAUAAUUAUAUACUUUACAAAUCACGGAGAACACCGCUGAUUAUAUAUUGUGUACAUAAUUGCUUUUAUUGUUAAGGUACUUCUUUUUCAUCUAAGUUUUAGGGGAAGUUUUCUUGCUUAUAUUUUCCGAGAUAAAACUUCAGCACUGUUUUUAAGAAAUUGUUAAGAUUUUCAUACAAAAUAAACGUAAGCAAAUUAUA